CUGUGAGAUUUUCAAUCGAAACGAAUUCCUGCGCCACCCAAAGAGCAGAAGGGGGCAACAACACCGCGAGGAGCAUAUCAAUUAUUCCGAAAUUGUCGUAAUAAUCUAACGUGCACGUGGUGACACACUCGUUUAAUUAGCAACGGUUCCGUCGAGUUAUCGCGAGCACCAGCCAUGUCUACAUCUGGCAAGCUAGCACGGUGAACGAAAACGAUGCCUUCAUCCUUCUAGAAGAGCGAGCGAGUGAGUUAGCCAAUGUUAGCAUUUGGCUAAACGGACGUUCGCGUCCCGAUACUUGAUACAGGAACACAACACGCUAACCAGAGCUGCACAUGUUUCCAGGGUCGGGACCAGUGGUGCAUGUCAGCUUAAAGAAAUGCUUUUAGAAAAUCAACGGGUAAUGAAAUCGCACGAGCAUGUAGAACAGUUGCACGUAGCAUGCUUUAUUUAUCACAUGCUUAGUAAUCGAGAACCAGUACAAGUCGAGCGAGAUUCGAGUCAGUGAAUGUUCUUUUUUUGUGUGUGUGCAAAGUGAAUAUCAGUGUUUUGGUCGCGGAGUCGCGAAUAAAAGCGAGCAGACCAUGACGAGCCCCCUUUGCGGUUACGUUAGCGAGCUACACCUCAGCUAACGCUAGCUGCAGUUUUUGGCUAGCUCGGUAACUUAACGUUGUCUUAUUAGUGUAAUUAAUCCGUGACUAAAAGAACUCAAGGACACAUCCGAGGUAGCACAACAUGGCUUCUGGCGAGGCGUCACUGCGUGCACUGGAGAGCCUGAUGACAGAGUUUUUUCACAGCUGCACAACCAACGAAAGAAAGCGAGAAAUAGAAGAAUUGCUGAAUAACUUUGCACAGCAGACUGGAGCGUGGCGCCAUUGCUUGUUCUUCCUUUCUAAUACCCGGAAUGAGUACGUCAUGAUGUACAGUCUCACAGUAUUUGAAAACCUGGUGAACAAGAUGUGGAUCGGUGUAGCGUCGCAAGACAAAAUGGAAAUUCGCAGCUGUUUGCCCAAACUCCUACUUGAACACCACAAAUCUGUGCCCUAUUUCAUCCGGAAUAAACUCUGCAAAGUCAUCGUGGACAUCGGUCGCCAGGACUGGCCCAUGUUCUAUCACGAUUUCUUUACAAAUACGCUUCAGUUGAUCCAGUCCCCGGCUUUGGCACAGUUAGGCCUGGUAAUGCUGAAAACCACAUCCGAGGAACUGGCGUGUCCUCGGGAAGACUUGAGCGUUGCCAGGAAAGACGAGCUGCGUAAACUGCUGCUGGAUCAGGUACCGACCAUGCUUGGACUGUUGACAGGCAUUUUGGAGACGUAUUGGGACAAGCACAGUAUCAUCGCUUCCACGCCGCCGCCCUCACCCACAUCGGGAGAAUGCGUGGAACUUUUGGGCACGUUGUUUCAGGGUAGUCAAUACUCAAAGCUUCUGUGCCAGCCCAUGGCGGCACUGGACUACGAGAGCCAGCAGCUGUGUUGUCUGGUUCUGGAGUGCUUGGCCCACUUGUUCAGCUGGAUUCCUCUGUCCACUCACAUCACCCCCACUCUGCUGGCAUCCAUCUUCCACUUUGCACGCUUUGGCUGCGAUCUUCAGACCAAAGCCAAGUCCGGCUCCUUCAUCUCCUACACCUCAUCGUCUUCUAACGAACACCUGGACGCCGGGACGUUGGCGCCCUCGUCAAACGGCGGAGGGCGACCGGGCGAGGGCGGCGGCAAGGUUGACCGUUCCCGCCUGGGCGUACUCGCCAUGACCUGCAUCAACGAGCUGGUGUCCAAGAACUGCGUGCCUGUGGAUUUUGAAGAGUACCUGUUGCGCAUGUUCCAGCAGACCUUCUUUCUUCUACAGAGGCUCACUCGCGAGAAUAACGCUCACACAGUCAAGAGUAGGCUACAGGAACUGGACGAGAGCUACUUGGAGAAGUUCACCGAUUUCCUGCGUCUUUUUGUCAGUGUUCACUUGAGGCGGAUUGAGUCCAGUCCUCAGUUCCCAAUUGUAGAGUUCCUUGCCCUGCUUUUCAAGUACACUUUCAACCAGCCUACCCACGAGGGCUACUUUGCCUGUUUGGAUAUUUGGAGUGUUUUUCUGGAUUUUCUUACAACCAAAAUCAAAAGCAGACUGGCCGACAGAGAAAGUGUUCUCAACAGGUACAAAGACGCCUUAGUGCUUCUGUUGAGAGAAGUUCUGAACCGCGUGCAGUUUCGCUACAACCAGGUUCAGUUAGAAGAACUGGAUGACGAGACGCUGGACGAUGACCAACAGACUGAAUGGCAGAAGUACCUGCGUCAGAGUCUGGAGGUUGUUGCCAAGGUGAUGGAGUUGCUCCCUUCUCAUGCAUUUUCUACUUUGUUUCCCAUUCUUCAAGAAAACCUGGACGUGUACUUGGGUCUGCAGCAGUUUAUCGUCACCACUGGCACAAGUCGCAGGCUAAAUAUCACCGCUGAGAAUGACUGCCGGCGACUCCACUGCUCUCUCAGGGACCUCAGCUCCCUUCUCCAAGCCGUCGGGCGCUUGGCCGAACAUUUCAUCGGGGAGAUUUUUGCAGCGCGUUUCACCGACGCCCUGGCAGUUGUUGAGAGGCUGGUAGAAGUGACUUGCUACGGGUCCCAGACCAGCUUGUACGACCUGGAAACCGCAGUGCCUUCUGUACUCAAACCAGACCUCAUUGAUGUACAUGCACAGGCCCUUGCUGCUUUGCAAGCCUACUCUCAUUGGCUGGCGCAAUUCUACAGCGAAGUCCACAGUCAAAACCAGAGCCAAUUUAUCAACCUCAUAACGUCUGCAGUGGACGCCAGUAGCCCCCUCAUCACUGCCAAGGUACCGGAGAAGUUACUGUUGUGCGCAUGCCAUCUGAUGCUUUCCAUAACCUUGACGGUGCGACCCGUGUUUAUGGUGACGUUGCCUGCUGUUCAGAACAUCUUUAACCUCAUAACCGAGAAUCAGACUCACAGGCUCCCCCCAGAGGCUCACUUGCUGGUCUGCCGGGCUAUGUCCAACAUGCUGCUUCUCCCGUGGCCAAAUUUACCAGAGAACGAGCAGCAGUGGCAGACGCGCUCCAGCAGCCACGCCAGCAUGCUGGCGGCCCUCACAAGGGAAUAUCGUAUGUUAAGAGGGACAGUGAACAGCACUCCACGACGACCAGAGAUGCACGACUUAAAAGCAGUGAUACAGCAGACCUUGACUGUCCUUCGAGACAUAGUGGACAGCAUAUCUGGAGAGUCCACCAAAUCCCGUCAGAUCUGCUAUCAGAGUUUGCAGGAGUCGGUCCAAGUGUCCCUCAGCCUGUUUCCCGUGUUUAUUCAGCAACCAGAUGUGACGGAUGAGAUGUUGGCCUUCUUCUUGACGCUGUUUCAGGCGUUGCGAGUCCAGAUGGGCGUCGCCUUCACUGGACAGAUCCUCCACACAUUCCUCAGCUUGUUCACCAGGGAGCAGCUGGCAGCCAGUAUUUUGCAGGAGGGCAGCGCGGGGUGUCGAGUGGUACAGAAGUUCUUGAAAAUCCUGCAGGUGGUGGUACAAGAACCCGGUCAGGCUUUCAAACCGUUCCUACCUAGCAUUCUCUCUCUAUGCAUGGAGCAGGUCUACCCAGUUGUGGCAGAGCGGUCCUCUCCUGAUGUCAAAGCAGAGAUGUUUGAACUUUUAUACCAAAUACUUCACCAAAACUGGAGGUACUUUUUCAAAACUUCUAUUCUGACAAGUGUCCAAAGAGGAGCGCCCGAGGACGCCAUGGAGAACGAGGCCCAGUUCACAGCUGCCAUGCAGGCUUUCGGCCAGUCUUUCCUGCAGCCCGACAUCCACAUCUUCAAGCAGAAUCUCUCCUAUUUGGAGUCGCUCAACAGCAAGCACAAAUUGUAUCACAGAAAGCUGUUCCGGACCUCCAUGCUCUUCCACUUCAUCAACGUGCUGCUGCAGGUCCUUCUCCACAAAAGUCACGACCUACUCCAGGAGGAAAUCACCCUGGCCGUUUAUAACAUGGCCUCCGUGGACUUUGAUGCCUUCUACUCGGCCUUCAUGCCCGAGUUCCUCAACGGUUGCCAGGGUGUGGACACCAACCAGCGAGCCGUCCUCGCACGCAACUUCAAGAUAGAACGGGACCUGCCUUCGUUCACUCAGAGCGUGCAGCGGCUGGUCAACGACCUCCGCUACUACCGACUGUGCAACAGCAGCUUGCCCACCGGCACCAUCAAGCUAUAGCGCGACUGAACCACUUGACCCGGGACGUUUCAUUAAGGAGCGCCUGCGCUGACCAAUUUGCCCAACACUCCGAACACGGCUUUGACUCGCUCACGUGCUCAAAGUUGUAGGAAGGUUGCGGAUGCUGCUGUUUUUUCUUUGAGUUCUACUGUAGACAUUUGGCGCAUUGUUGUUUUUGUUGUUGUUCAAAGCAGCGUCCACCUUAUGUCGCCAAUGGUUCAUUGGUAGAAAAUGAUCACCUGGUCUGCAGUUGGCUAUUUUUUUUGGGUCUUUUUGCCCCAGACCCCGACCACUCUGAGCCAGGCCUUCUUUCCCUCGUCUCGGCCGCGACGCCGAGCUGGGACUGAGCACUUUUAACUCAUUUUGAGUUCUUGAAUUGUCUGCUUCUGUUCGUUUUUGCCUUCAGGUUUUUUCAUCUCCAAAGGAGACAGACUCUCAACUUAGUCUUUGACAUCAUUCCAUUCUGAAAGACAAAACUUGCUUGAUUUAAUAAAGUGCUUUUUUUUUUUGUAAAUA